AUGGCUCCCAAAAAGGUCGAAGAACCUGAGAAGAAGCCUCUGAUUGGAAGAGUGGGCACAAAUUUAAAAGUUGGUAUUGUAGGAGUACCAAAUGUAGGCAAAUCCACAUUCUUCAAUGUGCUGACUAAAAGUCAAGCAGCUGCUGAAAAUUUUCCUUUCUGCACCAUUGAUCCAAAUGAAAAUAAUGGAGACUUAAACCAUGUAAAAACAGAUAUAGGUGAGGAAACUGAUAAUCGUCCUAGGCCAAUGGCUGUGGCUAUUUUAGGCAUAAAUAACACAGCAUCACCACUUCCAAAUAACCUAGAUUCCUAUCAUACUUGGACUGAUAUUGAUUCUCAAGAAACUUAUCUGAAUUUGAAACCAAUGUGCUACACCAUUUUAGCCAAACCGGGAACUGGAGGAUACUCACUUGGAGAAAGUAUGGCCAAGAGAUUAAAUGUCAUACAUAUUAGUCCAAAGAAUGUCAUUGAGGAUGAAAUAGAACAAAGUAGUCCCACAGGGAAAUGUAUUGAUUUUAAUUUACGGCAUAACAAUAUUUGUAAGUUUGAUACAAUUUGGACAAUAAUGAAAAAGAAAUUAGAUUCGCCUGCUAUAAAACACAGAGGCUAUGUUAUAUCCGGGCUCCCAUUGGUAACUUGUAGUAAAAAUAUGGAGUGUUUUUAUGGAAAUUUUCAUGAUGAAGACACAGUAUUACAUGCAGAGGAGUUAGUAAAUGAUUUAAUUACAAAUGUGUAUAAAAAGAGAGCUAAUGUGAUAAGAAAUGAACAACCAGUAAAUCUUGAUUCUUCGAAUAGUAGUGAACUUAUGUCAGAAAUUGAAAGUAAUUUUGAAGAAGAAGAACAAGAAGCCGAAGUAAAUGAAGCAAUGGACCUAGUUAGAGCAUUACCUAAGUCUGUUUUAGAACCUUCUCAUGGCUUAAUUUUAUUUACAAAAGCCUAUCUAUAUUCAAAAAAAGCUAUGCUGCUACAUCAGUGUCAAGAAAUAUUUAGUUCUAAUGUUAAACCUAACAUAGUUAUUUAUAUUUCAUGCCCUGAUACAGAUGCAGUUACUAAAAGAAGUCGCAAAUACUUUAAUUACUUGUCUACUAAUCCUAUUGAUAGUCACCCAUUUUUAUUAAAAAAUGAUGAGACGGGAUGGCCUACUAAAUAUUCCAUGCUAGUGAAUCUAUCAAAUUUUAGUGACAACACUUCCUUAAAAUGUAAAUAUUCCUGUACAAUGCCAGUUAAUUUUACUUUUAAUUCUACAAAUCAGAUGUGUAAUUACAAGAAUUAUAUCAUGCCUUAUUUAGAGAAUAAAAUAAAAGAUUUUGACUCUAAAUCUGUGCUUAAAUUGGAUGGUCGUUAUCCAAACCAAGAAAUGAUAAACCUUUUAUUAGAAAAAAUUAUAUCUUUGCCGGCUAAACCUGUUUUAAUACCAGAACCUUUGUAUCUUGAGGAUUCCUUUGAUGAGAUUGAGGAUUUUUGGAAAUUGGCUGAAGAAACUAACGUUAUUAAAUAUGGUUCAAAAAAGUUCAUUAGAUAUGCAUCGCCUUGGUAUAAUAGAUGUCCAGUAGAACUAAAAAAAAGACAUGUAGUUAGAGGCUUACCAAAAUUUGCGGUUGCCUUUUUCAAACACAUCUAUCUUUUAUCAUCAUUGAAUGCUAUGAUCACAUUCUGCCGAAAUCCGCGACCAUUUUUAAAGCUGGAGUAUUUAGAGCCAACAUGUAGAAUAAUAGUAAUGGGAACAAAGUCAUCUGGUAAAAGUAUGAUUACACAGUGUUUAUCCUGGUUGUUUGAUGCUCCUGUUAUAAGUUAUGAGUCAUUUGUCAAUAAUGAGAGGCAAAAAAAAUAUGAUGAGUUUUAUAAGUCAAUAUUAUCUAAAGUAGUCACAGACAUUGAAGAAAACAGAAAAAUAGAAUGGCAAAGAAAAGAACUAAAUAGAAUUGCUAAAUUAAACGAUUGGAACGAUAUAACUAAAAAAAAAUUACAGAACUAUGUACUUUUAAUAAAAAAAUACCAAACUUUUGAAAUAGAUGGAACAAAAGAUGACAAGAAUUCUGAUAUUGCAGGACAAGGAAGUGAUUUUUUCGAUGAAUUAGCAAAUAUACGGAAUCAACUUAGUUUCUUGCCUAUGUUAGAUGACAUUCAAAAAUGUCAAGAAAUUCUUGAAAAUGAAAAUUUGUUCCAAUUUGCAUCACAUGAUUUAACUACAUCAACGCCUAAACCAGGUGUGCCUGCCAUCGGUGACGAGGAUGUUAUGAAAGCAAUAACUGCGUUUAUUCUAGAAAAUAAUGUUACUAUGGAUAUUGAACCAACUCCAUUAGAAAUAAUGCAAGAACUAAUUAAGGCAUUGAAAAGUUUUGAUAUUCAUGUGCAAAGUGAAUCAUAUUAUGAGUAUGAAUAUGGGAAGUACAUAAUUGAUGGAUUCCCCCCAGAUUCAGAAAUUUGGCAAUUUCUUUUGGAUUCACUUUUAUUACCAGAUUAUGUUAUAGUUAUCAAAGAGAAUAGAGAGGUCGAUGAAGUAAUUGCUCAGAAUUAUAUUGAUAUUAACACAUGUUCAAAAAGUCAUGAUACACGCUUUCUUUUAGCUAAUGACGAUUUUAUAAAAAUUAAAUUGCUUUCAAAAAAAGUUACACAAACACCUCCAAUUAAUGAUAAAAUGUUCAUAAAAGAUCUUAUAAAUGCUAUGAUGGAAUCUAUUUUUAUGAAUAAAAGUGAGUUUAUAAAAAAAAUUAACGACUCUAUGAACAAAUUUCGCGAAGACUGGGAUACUUUGCAACUUAAUCUCAAAGAAAUGUUUAUAACAUGUAUUGAAGUACAAAUUGAAGAUAAAACAGAUAUCGAAAUAAUAGAAGAAGUAUUAUUAAAAAUACGUAGAAGUUAUUGCACCAUUGCUAACUCCAGUUUGGGUGAAAUAAUUGAAUCUGAUGAAAGUGAAAAAAAUGCAUCACUUACCACCCUAUAUGAUAUUGACCCUCGAUUUUUAUGCGAAACUAAUAUUUAUUGUCCAGUUAGUUAUUACAAAUAUGGUGUAUUAUGGAAAGGUAAAUCAGAACUUUGUCUCAACUAUGACAACAAAUUGCAUUAUUUUUGUAAAGAAGAAUUUUUAGAAUAUUUUCAAAAUGAUAUUACAAGAUAUCAAUCAUAUAACAAACCCUUUAAGAAAAUACCUCCUUUGAGAAUAUGCGUAACUGGAUGUAUUGGAAGCGGAAAAACGUCUGUGUCGAAAUUAAUAGCUAAAGAAUAUGGCUUAGUUCAUAUUGACUUUGCUGAAAUUCUAAAUUCGUACUUAUUACCUCUUCACUGUAAAAAAGUUGGCCGCCAUUUUGAAAAUAGUUUCACUGACCCUCCAAUAGAUGAAAGCACGGUCACAGGAUUUGAUUUAAACGAAGAAAAUAUAUACCCAGAUUCAAGUAUUCUGCCUAAUGAAAACGAAUUACGACGCAUGAUUUAUAAUUACUUAGAAAAGGGAGCACCUUUAUCACCUCUUUUGAUGCAAAGGUUAUUAAAGAAGUUAUGGUUUCAUACUCCGUUUUCAGCUAUCGGGUUUGUGUUAGAUGGAUUUCCUAAAAUGGCAAGUGACGUCGAAGAUAUGACAGAAUGCGUUUGUAUCCCUGAUUUAAUAUUUGAAUUGGAAUGCAGUCCUGAAAUUUCGGCGCAAAGAUUGUCAACAAAAAUGUUAAAUGUCUGGAAAACUCAUUUAAAUGACGCAAAAGCUAAAUCACUAAUAAAAUUAGAAAACGAUCGGCUACAAUGGUUAGACUUUAUAACAAAAAAUAUAGUAGUAAAACUUAUUAUUGACGAUAUUUUCGACAUCAGUACAAUACCAAAUGAACGGGUAACGAAUGUUUCUACACAAAGUGCUAUAAUGGACGCACAUCCAUCUGGAUCAUCGAAUGUUGAUGCUAAUUUGUUUAAUACAUAUAACAAUAUGAUACUGGAAUAUCCAGAACCUCUUGAUCGAAACAAUUGGGAAAAACCAGAUGAUGUACGCGAAAAAAUAGUUACUAGAAUAGAAGAUACAUAUGAAUUAGACGAUGAAAAUAUGCAAGUAUUAAAAGAUAAUUUAGCAGACCAAAACAUUGAAUUAAUUUCUGUAGAUGGAACGAGAUCCAUGAAUAAAGUAUGUAAGAUUUUACUAUCGAAUGUGGCAAGUUUGCGUCGUAAGCGUGAAACAUGUUUUGAACAAACAUUUCUUAUCGAUUGUGAUGUUGCUGAAGUGCUUCUAUUGGAAGGGUUUUUUUUCUUAAGCAAAUUUAACAGAAUGUGCCCUGUCUUUAUUUUUGAUAAUCCCAAUGCGAUAUUUAAUCCAUAUAUUGUUCAUAAAACUAGUAAUAACAUCAGAACUGUUAUUCAUAGAUCACAUAUUUACUUUAUUUGCAAUGAAGAUAGUUUAAAAAAAUUCAGGGAAAAUCCUUUAAAAUAUAUAGUAAAUGAAAGUAUAAAUUAUUUUGUUGAAUAUCCAUUAAGAAUAGCAGUUUUAGGACCACCUAAAUCAGGAAAGAGUGAAUUAACAGCUAAACUUGCAAGAAAAUACGGGUUACUGUGCGUAUCUAAGGGAAUAGCUUUGCGGCACAUUUUAAAUAAUCUAUCUUGGACAGAUCUAGGUUUAAAAAUUGCAUCGAAAGUUGAAAAAGGGGAAUGCGUAAGCAAUGAUAUUAUUAUAUUAGCAGUUCAAACCAUUAUAAAUAAUCACUGUACUAAUUCGCGAGGAUUUAUUUUAGAUGGUUUACCUACCUCGCCUUUCGAAGCUAUGGAGCUUCAAAAAGUAGGACUAUUUCCUUUGAUUAUAUUCGACUUACAUAUUGACAGAGAAUUAAGCUUAAAAAACUUACAGAAUGAAAUUUACACACAUAUACUAAAAAGGAAGCCGCCAUACUCACGCACGUUUUUAUCAUAUAGAUUGUUGAAAUACAGUGAAAAAUGUGCCCGGAUUAGAGAUUUUGUAAAUAACGAUACUCAGAAUAUUUCCAUUAUAAACGAAGGGAAAUCACUCUGGAAGUGUUUCUUUGACGCGGACACUAAAAUUAAAGACAUUAGUCCCAAAAUUCAUUACUAUUUACUACAUUUCCAAUCAAGGAUAAUUCCUAUGGAAUCUAUGUGCAUCUCCAACAAUGAUUUUGAAUCAAAAAUGUCAGAAUUUAAACACUUUUGUCCUGCUUGUCUCCGCGAAAAUAUUUUUAAGUAUAGUGGAUAUUCAAUCGAUAAAAAAGGCGUUGUACAAUUUAAGGGACGCUUUUACUGGGUUUGCUGUGAACAUAUGAAUUUAGUAUUAAAAUAUCCAGAUAGAUUUUUGGAAGAAAAUUUAGAUAUCCCAGAAGUACCCGCUAUUGUUAAAACAAUUAAUAAAUUUAAUCUGUAUGAAGACGGCAUCUGCAUAGUAACAUAUGCUGAAAGUUUGCCAGCACACAGAGUAGAAAGAGGCAACGAAGAUUAUGCUGUGGUAUAUAAGGGAAAAACUUACUUAUUUUGCAGCUCCAUUUGUUUUGCGAAAUUUUUAGCUAAACCACAAAUGUACUAUGACAUAUCCGUUUUUAAAGAAGGAAAAGUUUUACCUUGGUUAGUCUUGAAAAAACUUCCUCACUUAGGAUAUUUGGAACAAACUGUCGGCAACAUAAUAACAGAAGCUUGUUGUUCCGUUAAUGUUGCAAGACCAAAGUACCCAGGAUUAAGUAUUCAGAUAUCAGCGCUGUUAUAUAUAGCAUUAUACUUAAAAAUUCAUAAUCCUCUAAGUAAAAAUUCUUAUUUACCUUUAUACACGAAAGCUAUUCAAUCAUUUGAAGCUAGAUCAAGUAGGGUACCAGUUCCGGAUGAAAGGUUCGACUACCUAUGCGAAUUUCACAAACCAGUUAGCAAGGUACCGGCUUUUUUAAACGUGGUGGAUAUUGCGGGCCUAGUGCGAGGCGCGGCUGAAGGGCAGGGCCUUGGCAACGCUUUCUUGUCGCACAUAAAAGCUUGUGACGCCAUUUUUAAUUUGUGUCGAGCGUUCGACGACGAAGAUGUCAUCCACGUGGAUGGCGAUGUGAACCCUGUACGUGAUCUCGAGACUAUUGGCGAAGAGCUGAGGCUAAAGGAUGAGGAACAGCUCAUGCAGAACAUCGAAAAACUCGAACGCGUUGUCAACCGUGGCGGCGACAAAAAACUGAAACCUGAAUACGAUGCGCUAUUGAAAAUCAAGUCUGUAUUAGUGGAUGAAAAGAAACAUAUUCGUUUUGGAGAUUGGAGCGCUGCGGAGAUAGAAGUACUCAACAAGUAUUUAUUCCUGACGUCCAAACCGGCACUGUAUCUUGUCAAUCUUUCCGAAAAGGAUUACAUCCGAAAAAAGAAUAAAUGGUUACCAAAACUAAAGGAAUGGAUUGACAAGAAUGAUCCAGGAGCACCGCUCAUACCGUUUUCUGGUGUUUUAGAAAGUAAAUUGAUGGACAUGGACCCAGCAGAGAAACAAGCCUAUUUAAAAGAACAUAAUAUCACGAGCGCAUUAGACAAAAUCAUUGUUCAAGGCUACAAGGCUCUGCAGCUGGAAUACUUCUUCACUGCUGGUCCAGACGAAGUCAAAGCUUGGACGAUACAGAAAGGCACAAAAGCUCCUCAAGCUGCUGGUAGAAUUCACACGGACUUUGAGAAGGGUUUUAUUAUGGCUGAAGUGAUGCAUUUUAAAGAUUUCAAGGAAGAAGGUACCGAAGCUGCUUGUAAAGCCGCCGGCAAAUAUAGACAACAAGGACGAAAUUACGUCGUGGAAGAUGGUGACAUAAUAUUUUUCAAGUUCAACGCUGGCGCUGGGCUAAAGGACGCUAAGAAGAAAUGA